GAAUUAACACGAGUGGAAAUGUUUCCACACCUUCUGAGGUGCUCAAGUACUGCGACCAUCUACAUGGCAAGUGGUACUUCUCCGAGGUCCGCGCCAUCUUCUCGCGUCGCUACCUACUGCAAAAUGUUGCCAUUGAGAUCUUCCUCGCCAGUCGGACGUCCAUCAUGUUUGCCUUCCCUGACCAGGCCACCGUGAAAAAAGUGAUAAAGGCGCUUCCCCGGGUCGGCGUGGGCGUCAAGUAUGGUAUCCCGCAAACAAGACGUGCCUCUAUGAUGUCCCCUCGCCAGUUGAUGAGGAACUCCAACAUGACUCAGAAGUGGCAGCGCCGUGAGAUCUCAAACUUCGAGUACCUUAUGUUCCUCAACACAAUUGCUGGUCGGACAUACAAUGACUUGAACCAGUAUCCAGUAUUCCCAUGGGUUCUAACAAAUUAUGAGACGAAAGAACUGGAUCUGAGCCUGCCCAGCAAUUAUCGUGACCUCUCAAAGCCUAUUGGUGCACUGAAUCCAAGUCGGCGAGCAUAUUUUGAAGAGCGCUACAACAGCUGGGAACAUGACAGUAUACCACCUUUCCAUUAUGGUACACACUACUCCACAGCAGCAUUCGUUCUCAACUGGUUGAUACGAGUGGAGCCAAUGACAACCAUGUUCCUGGCUCUUCAGGGAGGCAAAUUUGAUCAUCCAAAUCGACUUUUCUCCUCAAUUGCACUCUCAUGGAAGAGCUGCCAGCGAGAUACCUCUGAUGUAAAGGAGUUGAUUCCUGAAUUCUUCUUCCUGCCCGAGAUGUUGGUGAAUGCAAAUCGCUACCGACUAGGCCAACAGGAAGAUGGAACGGCAGUUGGCAACGUUGAGCUUCCACCAUGGGCCUCAUCUCCAGAGGAGUUUGCUCGAAUUAACCGGAUGGCCCUGGAGUCUGAGUUUGUUUCCUGCCAGUUGCACCAGUGGAUUGAUCUAAUCUUUGGCUACAAGCAAAGAGGUCCAGAGGCUGUUAGAGCAACAAAUGUGUUCUACUACCUCACAUAUGAAGGCAGUGUAGAUAUGGACAGUAUAUCUGAUCCCGUCAUGAAAGAGGCCAUUGAGAAUCAGAUACGUAACUUUGGUCAGACACCAUCACAGUUGCUGAUGGAGCCACAUCCUCCUAGAAGUUCAGCAAUGCACUUGUCCCCAAUGAUGUUCUCUAGUGUGCCAGAAGAUGUAUGCAUGACUAUGAAGUUCCUGUCUAACUCUCCGGUAUGCCACAUCUCAGCCAACACCUAUCCUCAGUUACCGCUCCCGUCUGUGGUCACUGUGACUACCAGUCAGCAGUUUGCUGUUAAUCGCUGGAAUUCCAGCUAUGCAGCUUCUGUGCAGUCUCCAAGUUAUGCUGAUACACCACAAACACCAACAGCCAAUUUGCCACUUUCAAUGGAUCCUGUUCUUUCUCAGACAGGAAACAGCUCAAAUCCUGCACAGCGGCGCCAUUUGGGUGACAAUUUCAGCCAGAAGAUCCGAAUCAGGUCAAACUGUUUUGUUACAACAGUGGAUAGCCGUUUCCUUGUUGCAUGUGGCUUUUGGGACAACAGUUUUCGAGUAUUCUCCACUGAGACAGCUAAAAUUGUGCAAAUAGUUUUUGGCCACUAUGGCGUGGUGACUUGCCUCUCCCGGUCUGAGUGCAACAUUACGUCAGACUGUUACAUCGCAUCGGGUUCUGCUGACUGUACUGUUCUGCUGUGGCACUGGAAUGCUCGGACCCAGACUAUUGUAGGUGAAGGUGAAGUGCCUACACCUCGAGCCACCUUGACAGGUCAUGAACAGCCUGUGUCCAGUGUUGUGAUUUCGGCCGAGUUGGGGCUUGUGGUGUCGGGAUCUCACAAUGGACCGGUUCUGGUACACACAACAUUUGGGGACCUCCUGCGGUCUUUAGAACCACCACCUGGUUUUCUGUCACCAGAGAACAUUGCCAUGUCUCGUGAAGGUGUCAUUGUUGUGAACUAUGAACGUGGUCAUGUGGCAGCAUUUACCAUUAAUGGCAAGCGACUGCGACAUGAGUCCCAUAAUGACAAUCUCCAGUGCUUAUUGUUGAGUCGAGACGGAGAAUAUCUUAUGACUGGUGGUGACAAGGGCAUUGUAGAAGUCUGGCGGACUUUCAACUUGGCUCUGUUGUAUGCAUUCCCUGCAUGUGACAGCAGUGUGCGCUCCUUAGCACUUUCACAUGACCAAAAGUUCCUACUGGCUGGACUUGCAACAGGAUCUUUGGUUGUAUUCCACAUUGACUUCAAUAGAUGGCAUCAUGAGUUCCAACAGAGGUACUAAAGUAUCAUUGUCUGGUCCUGGCUAUGCUUCAGUAAAACCUGUUGUGUGGUUACUUUGUCACAUGUCAGCCAGAAUUUAUUUUGAUAGAGCUAAUUUUCACAUAUUUUAGUUGUUUUUUGUUUAAUCACAAGUCCCUUCAUAUAGUGUGGCUUGAAAUAUGCAAUGAAUCCUUUUUGUCCACCAAGCCAUUGUCCAGUCAAGAAAUACAUUUACAUACACCUGUAGACAAACACAUUUAAAUCCUCAAAGGAUCAAUUUUAGUACCUCAUUAUGAUUAUGGUUCAUAGUUACAAGUGCUACAUUUCAUAUUAAAGUAAUGGUAAAAAUAAGCAGCUCUACAACUUUCAUUGAAAGUCACAUAAGUUGUUAAAACAUACCUCUGUGUGUGUGAACAAACAGAUUCAUUCAGUUUGGUUCAUAAUUGUAUCAAUGGAGAAUAUUAAAAAUAGACAUUUUAUUUAUAAUUUUUUCUGGCUUUUGUGCACUAAUUAAGUUCAUCCCAAAACAUGGUAUUCAAUUGGAUUUGAAUCUAGAGAAAUUGGUGGCCUUUCUAUAGAUAUGAUGAUUUUCAUCUCUAAGAAAUGUGCAAGUGAAUCUGCUAGAAUGAAAGGCAGUAUAAUAAUACAGAAAUGAACAUGAGAGUUCAUUAUUGUUACCAAUUGUAAUGAUGCUGUAAUUUUACACUACUUGUACAUUCUUUUGGGGAAAACACAGUAGCUUCUGUUUUAAUUGAAAUAAUGAACAAACUGUAAACACUAAUUAUAAGGAGACCUAACAGUGAUCCUUUGAGCAUCAAAACUAUUUGUCUGCAUAUAAAUUUAAUGAUUAUAUUUGUUCACUGGUUAUAAUAGGUUUAUUUUUCAAGAUAAAUAUUAUUGUAUGUCUUUUGUUUACUGAAGUUAAACCAACUGAUACUUAUGCUCAGUAUGAAUUUGAAUUUUAGUAUAAUAUUAUCACUAGUCAGUAUAUCUGUUGAGCCAGAGUGUUUCAUUUCCACAUCUCUUUAUAUAGAAUUAUUUUCAUAUUUCAGGAGUAUGAGUAAAAUACAGAUGUAAACAGUUUUGAUGAACACUUUUUAAAAAUAGUAUACAAAUGAUAAGGAUUCUUCAUUGACCAUUCUUGACACAUUUCCUUUUCAUGUUGUUUUACCUGUUACCCCUCAAAUAAACAUGGAAGACUUUCAUUUGUUUCAUUGCAAAACCGUGAGUAACCCUUUUUUUUUCUUUGUUCACAUUACUUUCUGACCAGAACCUGAAAUAUUACCACUCCAGUAUAUGGCAGAAAUGUAUGUUGUUCUCGCACUGACCUCAUGCACUCAAUAAUAUCGGAAACAUGUUACAAAAAUCAUUGGCACAGAGUGUAAUAAAAAUUAGUGAUGUGAGGGCUCUGACAUCAUUGGGGGAAUGAAGGUUAAUCUGUGAGAAAAGCAUCAAAAUUAGUUCCUUUGAAAUAUAUAUGCAAGGGUUUUUAAUAGUGAUAUCUAAGUGCAAGUUUCGAUUUUCUAUGUACAAGCAAUAUGGCAUCAAAAGUUUGAUCUUUCACUAAUUGAAUAUAUUUUAAAGAUUAAUUUCUCUCUGACUUGAUAAUGCCAUCAGGUAUGUUUAUGUAACAGCAGCCUGUGCCCUGGACGAUAACUAAGACUCAUUUGUUGAUGGCUUCAAGCAAUUUCUUUUUUGUCAGUCAGUAUUGUUACUUGCAAAGAAAGCUGGAGGGCGUUCAUUGUCUGCAUGAACAGUGGACUCUACUGAUUAUGUUUCUGAAUUUAACAGUCCUUGCAUUUUAUAUACGGCCAUAAAAUGAUCAAAAAAUGAUAGAAGUUAUUUUUAUGACACAGCCCUCUUAUCUCUGAAAUAUUUUACUUUUGUUGUUAAAUACUGUAAGUGUACAGAAUAUACAGUAUUAAAGCUGCAGUGAUGAUUGGCUUUGUUAUGUUCAUGACAGCAGAAUGGGACAGUUAAUGGAAGCAGAAUUGACUUGCAUCAUCAGUAUAUAUUUGUUGCGUAAGGCUGAAGUUGGGCAGUCUUUUCAGUAUCUUUUUAACUGAGUGAUUUUCAUGAUAUGAAAUGUAAGAUAUAACUGGCUCAUAUAUUGCAAUUUUACAUUCACUGAUAAUAAUUUUUAUAUGAAUUUGGUCAUUUUGUAUGCAGAUUUACAUGAGUGAACAUCAUGCAAUCGAAGAAAUGUGAUUUUUUUUUCUUUUUUUGUUGCUGUUGUGGUUGUGUUGUGGUUGCUGUUGUGAUAGUUUUUUUUUCUUCCCUGACUACCAGUAGUUAACAAAUCGUAUAUUAGCUGAUGUCCGUUCAUGUUACUGCCGUGUUUCAUAUCAUAAGCUCAUUGUUACAUUAAUUUGGGCAUAGAUAAAUAAUAGAUAAGAAUUAGUAGUAUUUUAUUUUUAUUUUAACAUAGUGCAUGAUGGUUUUGAUUCAGAGUAAUUUCAUUACCUGAUGGUUUUGAUUCACUAUAAUUUAAUUGACAUACUGCACAACACACUUCUGUUUCAUAGUAGGGGUUUCUUAUUUUGCAGCAUAUUUUUUUUUCACAUAAAAAUUAUUAAUUGCAGUGAGGCAUUUUCAGGGACCUGUCAUAUAGUGACUUAAAGGUAUGAGUGCACUUUUUUUAUUCUGACAUAAAAAUUAUUAACUGCAGUGAGGCAUUUUUAGGGACCUGUCAUGCAGUGACUUAAAGGUAUGAGCGCAUAACAAUCACUAGCUGAUAGAAUGGUGGUGGUAUAUCAGUAUUUUUGUCUAAAGUUACCAAAAUUUGGAACCUGUUUUGUUCAGUUCUUGUGAUGACAAAGUAAUAUAGUGAGAUGGUAUUUAUACAUUCCAGAUGCUAUGUUUCUGUUGCAGUUUGACCAAAGCUUCUUGCUUAUGACAAGACUGGUUAACCAUUAUCAUGACUGAACAUGUAACAACCGUCAACUCUUGAUCAGAAAACAUAUAUAUUUAUUUUAAAUAUAUGUUGUCAAUUAAAACAAAAAGUACUCAUCAUAAGGCAUUUGGAGUUCUGAAAACUUUCAUUGUAUAUUUAAGUCUAUAUAUGUGUGACUGCAUGGGGACCAUCCUUGUAUGUUUCAUACCAUACUGCUAUUCAGUUGUGAAAAACACCAUUGUUAUUGACUUGGAUGAACUGCUGCCUUAAAUUAACAUGAAACAUGAAUUUCAAGCUUUUAAUGUUCUGUCUUGAAUUCUGAUUUUUUUCUUGCUUUGUAAUGUGAUACAUCUGAAAGAAUAUUGAGAUUGAAACUGAGAAGUAUUACUACUAUUACACGUGUACUUAAAAGUAUCUGCCAGUGUACAUAAUUAUUGUUGCUUCAUUUUCAGAACAUCAAAUACUUUUUUGUACAGAGACUAUAUUGUUUUGUUCUCUCACAAAAUGAUUCAGCUAGAGAUAAUGUCUAGGAGGCAGAACACUGUAUGAUAAAAUAAUGCUCUUCAUAGUGCCGCAUAUCAUCAAUUCUUUGUUAAUAUACUGAUACUUACAGUUGCAGUUAUAGGCAGGGACCUCAACUCAUAUGUUCACCAAUUUCUUGUAGCACAUAUAGGCAUGGAAAAGUACUUACUACUAUUUUGUGAUUAUUAGAGGUUGACUUCAAAUUACUCAACCAAAUUGAUUGCUCAGAAAAGGCACUGUGUUGCAUUAUGCUGCUACAUAUAAUUGUAGAUCUGUUCCCACAAGUUGGGACAUCCCUCCUACCCUCCUCUAAUUGUGCGUAAGCAGCAUGACUCUUCCACCUGCUGGGAAUCGCAGUUUCAAUGAAAGUGCACUUCACGCAAGAGGUGAAAUAUGUGGAAAGAGAAGUUUAGUCUUUAUUCAAUUGGCAGCAGAAAACAGGGACAAGAAUCAUACUCUUAGGUGCACUUCACCAUCAUUCAUAUGAAUUGUAUGUAUUGUUCGCACCUGGACAAGGCAGUAGUGACUAUUUAUUUUCCCUGCUGCAAGAUUGUGGACUGCUGCUUUUCUCCAGCCAAAUAUAGCAGUAAGACCUUGCGUUCAACGUGUUAUGCGUCACUCAUCUAGUCACUCUAAUGUGCGCACUCACUCAGCUUCGUUUUUGAGCAAUUCCCUCCAGACUGAAGAAGAAUUUAUGUAAAUUAUAUACUGUCCAUUUUACAUUGCAAGAGAGAACUUCUUAUUGUAAAUAAGAGAAUGAAAGCAUCUAUCUUAGAGUGCAGCACAGAAUUUCUUUCCAGUUUAUUUUUUUGAAUUAUUAUUUUGUAUAUGUGAGUUUGAUGUUGGCAAUAAUAAUUGAAAGAAAAAGUAAUCCGGUCCAUAUUUUGUCAGCUAAGUACAUUUUCAAGUACUUAAUGUACAUGUUGUAAUCUGCAAACUUACCUGUACUACAUGUCUAAUUAGAGGUUUAGUUAAUUGAGAUAGCACCACUGCUUGUAACAAAUUUUGUUCUAGAGAAUAACUAUAGGGACAUCAUACCUUUUGUAGUUUCAGGCAGAUUAGCUGGAACAAUUUAUCAUUCUUUUGGUAGAAAAAUACUUGCAGAAUAGCUUUACUUGCCUGAGGCAAUGGGCGAUUUUGUUGUAGCUGAUGUAAAAAGACAAGAGAAGCCAGGUAUCUGCCAGAUCAUGUGUGCAGAAUUCAAACCUCUGAGAAGGGCAUGCAAACAGGAAAGUGAUAAUAAUAAGAAUAAUUUAAAGCUUUUCAUAAAGUAUGUGUGUAAUGUUUCCUAGCUCCACAUUGUUGGUUUGGGUCCUGCCUGUACUUAAAUACAUGUAGUUGUACAAUUUAUGGAAAUUAAGAAAAAAAUAUAUAUAUUGUAUUGGGGACUCCUGA